CACAAAUAAGAGCCCAGCAUGACAUUUAUGAGAAAGCUGGGGUCCUCCUGUGAAAAGCUAAUUGGUGCUUAGCCAAUGGGCUCCGGGCAUUGCUGGGCUUAUCAGACACAGAGAAGAGGGUUGCCUGUACCUGCGGAACUUCAGAAAAUACUCACUUCUUGUCCUAGCAGGACACAUCUGUAGCCAUCAAAGAGAAACCAGAGUUUAAAGAUGAAGUAUCUUCCCCAAUUCCCUUUCUUCUUGGCCAUCUAUUGCUUCUGCCUGCUACAGCAUCCCUCCUCAGGAUAUAUUCAAGCUUUAGAUGAUUCUCCAGAUGGCGUGGAUACUGUGCAGCUGGAGCGACUGGCAUAUUGGGCAACUCUUUCUAGUCAACCUAAGGAUAUUCGAGACAUAUACAAAAGGUUUCUAUUUGACUACUCCAGAGCUCAGGAGACAACACAGCCAGUUAACACUGGGUUUCCUCCGGGGCGCCCUUCCGUGCGGCUGGCCGCCUCUCUCGCCGAAGGAAAGAUGAGGAGAUUUCUACAGCGCGAUUCGGGGGCUGUGGCACCUGACUUUACCAAGAAGGAUCACGCUGCUACCCGGGGACGACCAUUUUUUCUUUUCAGGCCAAGGAAUGGAAGAAACACUGAACACCCAGUAGGAUAGACCAAGAGUUCAGUGGCAAAGGGAAGCUGGAUCAGAUGAAGCAACCCAGCAAUUAUUCUGGGCAAAUGUCAAAUUUCUUCUUAUGAACAAUAUGAAAAGACAAUUCUCUUGCUCUAUAUUCACUGAAAUUUUCAGUUGUAUAAAGAAUAAAAUAGCAUUGACACA